AUGAUGCGCCGCCUGUCAAUGCGAUAUCAACGUGACAGCCACGACGACUCGGAUUCUGACGAGUCUUUCCACUGUUGUGGAAGACCCGAAGACCUCCUCGACAGCCCGCCGAGAUCAACGACUGAGCCGAAGAACCCUUCCACCCAAGCUCAGAAAGAGAUUUUCGUGCCCGAUAAUGAGGAAUUCUAUUGCUAUCAAUCUGGGCUUGAACGCCAAAAGCGACUCGAAAGAUCCCUCUCAACUUCGGGCCCUUCGCAAGAUUCUGCUAAGGCUCCUGUUGCUCGCGUCCUAGGACGCACUAGUUCCACCGAGUCCGAAAAAACCUUGGUGGCCGAAGAGCCUGUGCUGAUAAUCAAGACGGGUCUCAAUUCUCCUUCGCCAUCGAAAAGAAUGCGGUGGAGCUCGAUCUGUAAUCGCGGAGCUGCCGCCUCCAAAGCCAAAGUCGAGAAGAGCAUCAAUCAAUAUAUUUCGGUCAUCGUCUAUCUCCCGAAAACAAAGCGUAAAAACAUCCCCGCAAAAGUCGAUGGCAAGUCCAAAACCACCCAGAUCACGCUUCUCAAUCAUGCAGGCAAAGAGACGGUCGACCAAGACCCUCUAUGA